CGGUGCUUUUAUUUAUCGAUAACGCACAAGACGUAUAGGUGAACGACGCAGCCGGUCAUCAUGUUCGACUGCAUGGACGUGCUGGCCGUGAGUCCCGGGCAGAUGCUGGAUUUCUACACGUCCAGCCCGUCCUCCUGCAUGCUGCAGGAGAAGGCGCUAAAAGCCUGCAUCAGCGGACUGGCGCACAGAGAGUGGCAGCACCGGCGGAGCGCGCACUCCAUCGAAACGCAGAGCACCAGUUCCGAGGAGCUGGUCCCCAGCCCGCCGUCCCCGCUGGCCCCUCCCAGAAUCUACAAGCCCUGCUUCGUCUGCCAGGACAAGUCCUCUGGAUACCACUAUGGUGUCAGUGCAUGUGAGGGCUGCAAGGGUUUUUUCCGCCGAAGCAUCCAGAAGAACAUGGUGUACACGUGUCACCGGGACAAGAACUGCAUCAUCAACAAGGUGACGAGGAACCGCUGCCAGUACUGCCGCCUGCAGAAGUGCUUCGGAGUGGGGAUGUCCAAAGAGUCGGUUCGAAAUGACCGGAACAAGAAGAAGAAGGAGAGCCCGAAGCUGGAGCUGGCGGAGAGCUACGAGCUGACGGCCGAGCUGGAGACCAUCAUCGAGAAGAUCCGCAAGGCCCAUCAGGAAACCUUCCCCUCCCUCUGCCAGCUCGGCAAAUACCACACGAACUCGAGUGCAGACCAACGCGUGAGGCUGGACCUGGGCCUGUGGGACAAGUUCAGCGAGCUGGCCACCAAGUGCAUUAUCAAGAUCGUGGAAUUUGCCAAACGAGUGCCUGGCUUCACACUGCUGACCAUCGCGGACCAGAUCACGCUCCUGAAAGCUGCCUGCCUGGACAUUCUGAUCCUGCGCAUCUGCACGAGGUACACCCCCGAAAAGGACACCAUGACCUUCUCCGACGGACUGACCCUCAACCGGACGCAGAUGCACAACGCCGGCUUCGGCCCGCUCACCGACCUGGUGUUCACGUUCGCCAACCAGCUGCUGCCCAUCGAGAUGGACGACACGGAGACGGGCCUCCUCAGCGCCAUCUGUCUCAUCUCCGGAGACCGUCAGGACCUGGAGGAGCCCUCGAAGGUGGACCAGCUCCAGGAGCCGCUCCUGGAGGCUCUGAAGAUCUACGUGAGGAAGAGGCGGCCCAGCAAACCGCACAUGUUCCCCAAAACCUUGAUGAAGAUCACCGACCUGCGCAGCAUCAGCGCUAAAGGAGCCGAGCGGGUCAUCUCUCUGAAGAUGGAGAUCCCGGGUUCGAUGCCGCCGCUCAUCCAGGAGAUGCUGGAGAACUCUGAGGGCCAAGACGGCGGCAGCAGCAGGAGGAGCAGCACGAGGAGCAGCAGCACCUCGGCGGAGGCGGGGUCGAGCCCCGGCAGUAAGGACAGCGCCCAGGAGGACGCCGCCGCCGAGUCGCCGGAGUCGGUGGACCCCGAGGGGGCCGCGCCGCCGGCCACGCCGCCCAGCGACGAGCACUAGGAGGCUCUCUCUGACAUUCCUUGGCGCACGAAAGGAAACCGCCAGGCGAGGCACCGCCCCCCCCCGUCGCCUCCUCCUCCCCUCGGUGUGACGUUACACCCUCGCCCCGUUUCUUCUUUUCCCUCACCUAAAAAAAAAGAAAAAGGAAGCGUCCACACGGAGGCCUCAAAGGGAUCGGCGCUCGGUGUGUCCUUCUGAAUCGAGCUCUUCUUGGGCGUGGUGUCUCCGGGAAAGGGGGCGUGUCUCCGGGAAAGGAGGCGUGGCCCCGGCAAACCGCCAGAGAUGAUACUCCUCAGGUCUCCUGUGUAAAUUCUUACCUGCAUGACGGGAGUUUGAUAAGUGGUUCCACUCCCCUCUCUCUCUCGCUCUCUCUCUCUCUCAUUGUACAUACCAUCGUACGGUCACAUCUCUGUUUCUAACGAUGAAUUUUUGUGGUGCUUUUUUUUCAUCGUCCUGAAUCAUACCUUUUGAGGCGACACAUCCGAGGUCAAAAGCGGGACUGAUUGUACGUCCUUCGAAGCCGUUAUCUGGAAUGUUAUUGCGUAUAGACAUUAUGGAAGUCUUAAUAUUUUAUAUUUGUUCCAAUAUUUAAAAAGCUGUUUCCGUCUUUUUUUUUAUAAACACUCCCGGGCUCGUGUCUCUCCACGCGCGCGUGAACGAGCGUCCGGCAGCGACCGGCAGGAUGCCACGCUUCUCUCCAACAUCGACCCGUUUUUUUGUUUCUUCCUCCGGAGGAAGAGGAGGAGGAGGAGGAGGGAAGCACGACAGCAGAGGCCUUCUGAUGCACGCUCGUCAGAUUGAGUUCUCAGUCUGGACAUGAACCACAGAGGCCCGACGAGCCCGAUUAGAUUUGGACCGGUCGAUGACAUCACGUCCUCCGUAAAUCAGUUUACCUCGCCGGUCAAAACAAAUUGGAGAAAAUGAGGUCGCUGACAGAUGCCAGAGAUUUCCUUUUUCUGUGGCUGUGAUCACAUUGGUUGCUCUUCUUUUUCUGGUGGUGGUGGUGGGGGGGGGGGUCGGUCCAUUUCCCUGUUACCUUUCACUUCAUCCGUGCCUGAUUCAACUGCAUGACGCGCUCACGCUCCGCUGCUCUCUAACCACCGAGUCCGAUGUCUGGCUUCACAUAUGAUAUGAUAUUCCUUUAUUCGUCACACAGUAGGGAAAUUUCAAAAAUCCCAGCAGCGGUGCACAUCAGAGCAUCAAUGAAAAUAAAUAUAAAACACAAAACUAAAUACGAAUACUAAAUAUACAGGGGCAAAACAAAGUAAAGUGCUGAGUUAAACUUAAUUAUAAAUAAUAUCAUAAACUUAUUUAGUUUAUCUAAUUUCCACCUUUGUGAUUUAAUUGUUCGGCCGGAAAAAAUAAAAAUACGAGAAAAAAAAAAAAGAAGCUCUUAAUUGCCACGGAAACCAAUUCAUCAGAGCGACCGUCGGCACGACGACGGUUAAACGGAGAUGGAAAUGAACACGUGAGCCAGAUGGCGUGCGGCCACGUGUUCCCUCUUUACCGCCGAGCGGACAUCCGGUUCCUGUCUUGAACUUUUUUUAGGAAAGGGAAAGCGGAAGGAGACAGAGGCCGCCAUCGGUCAGACAGAACUAAUGGAGUCAGAGCAGCACGAGAAUAAACGAGCUGUUUUUAUUGCUUAUUAGAUUUGUCAUCAUAUAACAACUUUAGUCUUUCGUGGUCGUAGUUUGGGCCAUCCUCAGUUAUGCCAACAACAGUGACGUGAAAGUGAAAUUAUGUUGAAAUAACGAGUUUAAAUAUGGUCUUAUUGAAUAUGGGCUACUUAGCAUUCAUUUCCAAAGCAGAUGCCAGGUUCAAAAUUAUGAUCUCAUCUUGUUGAGGAUUUUGGAUAACUCUUUUUAUUAUCACUACAUAAAUCAGAAACUAGUCAACAGCCAUAAAAAAAUCAAUUGUUGUCAUAUUUUGAUCUCAACCGAUAGACAUCAUGGUGGAAACUACAACAAAAAAUGGUAAAUUUUUGCUUUUUAUUUAUUUAUUUAUUAUAUUAAGGAUCCCCAUUAGUCAACACCGUAGUGGAGAAUAUUCUUCCUGGGGUCCAGGUAAAAAAACAUUACAAUACAAAUACAUAAAAUGCAGUACAGCAUGAUCAAUUAUCACAAAAACAUUUCGACUUUGAAAACAUUUACUUUAAAAGUAAAAUAAUAACACUCAAAUACCUAAAAUAAAAACCUAAUCUACUAUAAUUUCCUUUCUGAUUAUUGCUGCCUUAAGUUUCCUUUUGAAAUCACAUGUUUUUCUUGUUAGUCACUUUUAUGUGGAGUUUGUUUUGCAUUUGAGCGGUCAGUGUGGUCACAGCCUUCUUUUUUUCUGAGUAUUUCUUAAAGGCCGGACAGCAGCCUCGUGGCUGUGGCGUCGCGUACGACCAGCCGGGCUCUGCUGUGGCCUUAUGAGCACAGCUCCUCGACCCGCUUCUCUCUCCCGUUUACAGAAGUGUGUGUGUGUGUGUCGGGAGACGAUUGUACACUGACGUAAGAAAGCACACACGGCGGGCUGGGAUCCACGAGCCCUCUCCCAACGGCCGCCUUGCUCUCUCCCCAGAUGGCGUAAGCUACAUUCAAACGAUGCAAAACGAGAUUCACGAUGACCUCUCGACCCCCUCCCCUCCCCCGGAGGAGGAGUGCAGCCGCUUCCCCUUUUUGGACGGUAGAUCCAAGCGAUCUCAUUGGCCGGGAAGUAGUGUCUCGCAUCGGUGGUCCUAGAAAGCUGCUUUUUCUUUUUCUUCUUUCUUCUCCACAGCUGAUGUCACACAGGAUACCAAACAAUAAGAAAUGAAGUCCGUUAUAUCCCUUUUAUAAAGACCCAGAUUCCCCCCCCCCCCCCCCCCGACGGCAGCAGGUGGCUCACCUGCAGCACCGGGGGACGGAAGCAACUGGAACACCUUUUGAAACGGAGCUGGAGGACUGAAACUGAACGGAAGGACAAAGUUCAGCUUUUAAAGACAUUAAGCACAAAGAGAAUAUUAAUACUAAACAGCUCCGCUUCCGGGGGAAAGACGUGCUCCUUAAAUGAGUUUGAACUCAACGUGAGCUCGUGGAGGUCGAGCAGCAGGUAUUUGUGCCAGCAGGUGUUGAAAUGGCUUCAUCUGAAUUUGAAGCUCUAUAUCCAGUUUUGAAGAUGAAUAUGACAAAUAUGACAAAUCUGAAUUCUUCUUCUUCUUCUUCUUCUUACUUUCUGACAGCCCAUAACGACCUCAAGCUCUUCUUCCUCACUAAUUCUGGAGCUUUCACGCGGUCACGAGUUCGAUUGGUUGUCGUGAAACUAUAGAUUCUGAAUAUUACAGGAUGGUGAUCCAGAGCAGCUGUAGGACUUUAGUGCAAUUAUUUGGGAAAAUAGCCUUUUUUCGCUAGAGCUAGGAGUCAACUAGCCUAGCAUAGCUUAGCAUAAAUUCUCCCCGUUUCCAACUAGCUGGCUUGUUCCGGAGAUUAAUAAAUCAGAUACGAUGGGACAAAA